AGAAGAAGCAAGGGUUUAAGAGUGCUUCGUCGUCUAUGAAAAUUUCGCUCUGUAUUCUUUCUCAUGCGAUCCAAUUUAUCCAGUAUCGUGUUGUGUAUGCUCUGUUUUAUCGAUAUUCUACUCAGUGUAAGCUCGAUUGAUGACCAGUGCCCAAACUCAAGUGCUCUUGUCAAAUCAGACUAAACUGUUCGAUCAGUUGAUUCCUUGUGGAAACCAAGUUUCACAACCCUUCCCUAUGUGGAGGAACAUUGCUAAACAAGCCGUUUCAAGGUCACAAACCGUCGCUUCUUCCCAAGCUCGUAGCUUUCUUGGGUUUCCUCAGGAACCCACCAUUCUCCUCUCGAAAAAUUCAAUCUUUCGAUCCAUCUCGAGCUCAGAAUGUCGAAAACUGGGGUUUCGUUGUUUACGUGGAAUCACGAAAACAGAGGAAUUCAACGGGUCUUUCGCUAGAGGGUACACUAGUGUAGCCGAAGAGGUCUUGUCAACAGAAGAUCCUGAGGUGCAUGAAUUGCUGAAAGAGAUGAAGAAAGAGAAGAAGAGAGAGGAUCACCGCUCGUGGCGGAUGAAGAACCAAGAGGACGUUGGAAUGGGUCGUAGCAAGUAUCGGAAUCUGUGGAGGAGACAAGUUAAGAUCGAGACGGAGGAAUGGGAAAGAGCUGCUAACGAGUACAGGGAGCUUUUGGCGGAUAUGUGCGAGCAAAGGCUUGCCCCGAACCUGCCUUAUGUGAAGUCCUUGUUUCUUGGUUGGUUCGAACCGUUACGAGAUGUUAUUGGUAAAGAACAGGAGUUGUAUAGGUUAGGGAAGAGCAGAGCGGUUUAUGCGCAUUACAUCGAUCAGUUGCCUGCUGAUAUGGUUGCCGUGAUCACUAUGCAUAAGUUGAUGGGGCUUUUGAUGACUGGUGGUGGUGAUAAUGGUUGUGUUAAGGUUGUUCAUGCUGCUUGUUCGGUGGGGGAUGCUAUUGAACAGGAGAUAAGGAUAUGCACAUUCCUGAAUAAGACCAGGAAGAAAAAAGAGGUUGGGGAAGUUGAAAACGGAACUGCAGUGAAGGAACAAGAUAAGUAAAGAAAAAGGGUUAAUGAUUUGAUAAAGAAACAGAAACUGUCAGCAGUUAGAAAGAUCUUGCAGUCACAUGACUAUACAAAACCAUGGACCUCAGAUGCUAGGGCUAAGGUGGGAAGUCAUCUUAUAGAGUUGUUGGUAAGAACAGCUUAUAUACAGUCUCCAGCUAAUCAGCAGGAUCAUGAUCUGCCUGAUGUCCGACCUGCAUUUAAGCAUACAUUCAAGACAGUAGCGCAAGGAAGCAUGAAAUCUGGGAGAAAGUAUGGUGUUAUCGAGUGUGACCCUUUGGUCCGCAAAGGUUUGGAAAAAACUGGGAGAUAUGCAGUGAUACCAUACAUGCCAAUGCUGGUUCCCCCUCUCAAAUGGUCGGGUUACGACAAAGGUGCGUACUUGUUCUUAGCGUCUUAUAUCAUGAAAACUCAUGGAGCUAAGCAACAACGAGAUGCACUUAAGAGCGCACCCAAAGCACAACUAAAACCAGUCUUUGAGGCCCUGGAUACGCUUGGAAGUACUAGAUGGAGAGUAAAUAAGCGAGUCUUAACUGUUGUAGAUAGGAUAUGGAGCAGUGGCGGCUGUACAGCUGAUCUGGUGGAUCGCAGCGAUGUUCCUUUACCCGAGAAGCCUGACACUGAAGAUGAGAACAUUCUCAAGAAAUGGAAGUGGGAAAUGAAAUCUGCUAAAAAGGAGAACAGCGAGAGGCAUUCUCAGCGCUGUGACGUAGAACUCAAGCUUUCUGUAGCACGGAAGAUGAAAGACGAGGAAGGUUUUUACUAUCCUCACAAUAUUGACUUCCGGGGACGUGCAUAUCCCAUGCCCCAACAUUUAAACCAUCUCGGUUCCGAUCUGUGUCGGGGUGUUUUGGAGUUUGCUGAGGGAAGGCCUCUGGGAAGUCCAGGCUUACGCUGGCUUAAGAUACAAUUAGCAAACUUGUAUGCUGGUGGUGUAGAUAAAUUAUCAUACGAGGGACGGCUAGCUUUCACCGAAAAUCACUUGGAGGACAUAUUUGAUUCGGCAGACAGGCCACUUGAAGGAAACAGAUGGUGGCUCCAAGCUGAAGACCCAUUUCAGUGCUUGGCUGUGUGCAUUAAUCUCACCGAAGCUCUCAGAAGUCCAUCCCCGGAGACAGUUCUCUCUUAUAUUCCUAUACAUCAGGAUGGUUCCUGCAAUGGUUUUCAGCAUUAUGCCGCGCUUGGGAGAGACACCGUAGGAGCAGAAGCUGUAAAUUUAGUUGCAGGGGAGAAACCGGCAGAUAUUUAUUCAGAGAUAGCUACCAGGGUUCUUGAUAUUAUGCGCCGAGAUGCAGACAGAGAUCCUGAAACUUAUCCAGAUGCGUUGCGUGCAAGAAAACUUAUCAACGAGGUGGAUCGGAAGCUUUUAAAGCAGACGGUUAUGACAUCAGUCUAUGGAGUCACAUAUAUUGGUGCGCGGGAUCAAAUAAAGAGAAGGUUGAAGGAGCGCAGUGCAUUUAGUGACGACAAUGAAACUUUUGGGGCCGCUUGCUAUGCAGCAAAGGUAACAUCUACUGCUAUAGAUGAAAUGUUUGAAGCUGCACGCGCCAUCAUGCGUUGGUUUGGUGAAUGUGCAAAGAUAAUUGCGGCAGAAAACGAAACAGUUCGAUGGACAACACCGUUGGGUCUUCCUGUUGUGCAACCUUACCUUGAAAUGGGAACACAACUUGUAAAGACAUCCCUCCAAACCUUAUCGCUUCAGCGUGAAACUGAUAAGGUCGUUGUAAGGAGACAAAGGACAGCUUUUCCUCCAAAUUUUAUUCACUCUCUGGACGGGUGUCAUAUGAUGAUGACUGCACUUGCCUGCAAAAGAGCAGGCUUGUGUUUUGCAGGAGUUCAUGACUCGUUUUGGACACAUGCAUGCGACGUUGAUAAAUUAAACAAGAUAUUACGGGAGAAGUUUGUUGAACUGUAUUCACAGCCAAUACUAGAGAAUUUGCUGGAGAGUUUUGAGAAAUCGUUUCCUUAUUUAGACUUUCCUCCCCUGCCUGAACGAGGAGAUUUGGAUUUAAAACUGGUGUUAGAUUCAUCGUAUUUCUUCAACUGAUAAAUAAAUUUAUGGCUUCACUAGAUCCUCAGAGAUCUUCGAAGCUCUCUCAAGAAGCAUUGGUGAGAGAUUGUUGCAGAACAGAGUGUCAUCCCAAGGCUUGAAUUCUGUGUAAGAAGGAAGAAAAGAAAGACAAGCUGUUACUUGUAUUCCAAUGUGCUGAUGAAGCUCUGAAGCUUUCAAUGAAAUCUCCUGAGAUAAGAGUAGCAGCUUCUAACCUGAGAAAUCUCAGUUUGAUGUUAUGUUGUUUUUCGACCACACUGUAGAAUAGCAAGUACUGUAUUAAGUGAUGGAUUAACUGAGAAACUGAA